GGACCCCACGGUCCGUCUACACAUAUGCCUGAUUCAAAUAAAACUAGCAUUUCAGUUUUUCAUAGACACACGUUUCUAAAUGUCUUACUUAAAAUAAGCGGUUAGCAUUUUGUUCGCGAUAUCAGGAAAGCGUUUCUAUCUUAAGUUAUGUGUGAAAUGAUUUAGCUGGAGAAGUCGAAACAUGUGCACACGCGGCUUCCCUUCCGCUCCUUUAUCCGGACAGCCCUGGGCAGCCAAAUGGAGGCUAAGAUGUCGGGGAAGAGUUUUCGCGUGAGCGACGGGGACUGGAUUUGCCCCGAUAAGAAGUGUGGCAAUGUUAACUUUGCUAGAAGAACAAACUGCAACAGAUGUGGGAGAGAAAAAACGACGGAAGCAAAGAUGAUGAAAGCCGGUGGAACGGAGAUUGGGAAGACGCUGGCUGAGAAGAGCCGCGGCCUCUUCAGUGCAAAUGACUGGCAGUGCAAAACUUGUGGCAAUGUGAACUGGGCCAGAAGAUCAGAGUGUAAUAUGUGCAACACUCCCAAGUAUGCAAAGCUAGAGGAGAGAACAGGUUAUGGAGGAGGCUUCAAUGAACGGGAGAACGUAGAGUACAUUGAACGUGAGGAAUCAGAUGGCGAGUAUGAUGAGUUUGGUCGUAAAAAGAAAAAAUACCGUGGAAAAAAUGUCGUGAGCAAGUCUCUCUUGAAUGAGAGCGAGAAAGUGGAAGCAGAUCAAGAAGAUGAUGAUGACGAUGAUGAUGAGGAGGAGGGAGACCUUUCAAAAUACAAACUUGAUGAUGAUGAUGAGGAUGAUGAAGAUGCUGACUUGUCCAAGUACAACCUUGAUGCCAGUGAUGAAGAGUUGAAGCCCACUGCAAAGAAAGGCAGCCGCUCUGGUUCAUCACGCUCAUCCUCUCGUUCUUCUAGUUCCAGCUCACGGUCCAGGUCCAGGUCCCGUUCCAGAAGUUCAUCCAGUUCCAGGUCAAGGACCCGCUCGAGCUCCCGUGGCCGAGCCGGGUCACGUCAGUCUAACUCCAGCUCAAGGUCUCGAAAGGGGUCAUCUUCUCCAAGAAAAAGAUCUCGCUCCAGUUCUCCAUCGUCUUCACCAGAAAGAGGCCAGAAACGGAGUCGCUCAAGGUCUUCGUCUGGCGAGAGGAAAAAAAGGCGUUCUAGAUCUCGAUCGUCUGAAAGACGCCGUGGUGUUUCAUCUGGAUCCUCCCAUUCAGGCUCCCAAUCAUCAAGUUCAAAAAAGAAAUAAGUUUAAAACGUCCCUUAAGAGAUUUAACCAACUUCUGUAGAUCCAAGUCAAAGUGCAUGUUGUGUUCAAACUUACGGAUAAGUUGUUCAUGCUCUUUAAGACUGCCUGAGAAGAGCAGAUUUUUUUUUUUUUUUUUUUGGCUCCUUUUUCUUCUGCCCCCUUUGCAUUGAUAACAGCAGCAUGUUGAGCCUCAUUUAGGGAAAAGCUGAUUCUCUUAUGUCAUUCUUGCAGAUUUUAUAACAAUUUUCUCUCAACACUUUAAAGAUCAUUUUAACUUAGAUUGUACUGUAGUUUCUUUAUAGAAGUUUGCUAAAUCUGAAACGUAUUAAGGCCGUUACAAAAAUAAUGUGGAAAAUCCAAAUUUGCAACAUGUGCCUAAACAUAUUUGAUUGAAUACCACGUUGCAGCAAACUGGAUCUAGCAUUAGUUUAGGUCACAGUUUGAGAACCAAGUGUUCUACUUUUUAUAAUGUCUUCUUAAUUUAUAACACAGGGUAGUUCUUCUGGUAUGGAUCAUACAAAUAUUGGAGUUAAUGCAGUUUGGUUUAUAAACAUGGGUUUACAUUGUCGGGGGGGGUGACUGUACUUAACUCUCCUUUAUUUUUUGAAUUAAGGUAAGUAUUGGUCUUUUUCUCCAACUAUUUAAUAGCCCAUUUCAAAUCUGAAUUUGUUGCUAUUCCAGUAGGCAUUUAACUGAGUCAAUUAAGUGCAAAGUAUUUCCCUCUAUCUUAAUGUGUGUAUAACCUCUAAGUAUCUCAAAAUUUUCAUUUAAAAGCCCUGUCUUUGAGUGAGUUGUAGAGUAGAAGUCGUGGUUAAUGUAAGGACAAUAAUCUUAUUGCUUCAUUCCCUUGGCCAUUUUUGUACAAUUACUGUGUCCUGAGUAAGUUGGUUAAAUGACAUAUCCGUUUUUCUAUAUAACAGCCGUAGUAGAAUGUGCCCAACUUGGUCUUUGGGAUCAUUUAGAAGAAACUGCAAUGUGAACAAGUUGUAAAUAAAAACCUGUCAACAAACCA